AUGGCCAUUAAAACAGUACUUCGGAGUAUCUUAUUCUCGUCCCUUUUCCCUCAGAUCUCUGCUUUUUUCGUUUAUUUUCCGCCGAUUCAAAUGAAUAUUCAGCUGAAUUUAAAAACGUCCAAAAUAGGUGGACGAAAAUUUAUUCAAAAGUACUGUAUCAGAAACGAACAAACUUGUUCAUAA